AUGCUCCUGGAUAAAGUCUAUGCCUGUUAUAUUAGUAUAUUUAUGGAAAGUAGAGAAAAGGCACAGUACCUCGUUUUUGAGAGCGAGUGCAUUCAUAUUGGAGCGGUGCAAUUACCAAAUGCAACGAUUCUCUCUUCAACCUCACCGGACCCAGUGUCCUCACAGGGGCAAAAUAUAGCCGGUCGAAGCACGCCCUUCCGCAUUUUGCAAAGCGAGGUCGGCCAAUCCAUCGACGAUGCAUCGCCCUCAACAGCUGAUGACCGGUGGCCAGUUCUCCAAACGAGGAUGCAAAAUGGGAUGAAUCGUAUGAUGCCCGCUAAACCUAAAUCUAAGCACUCUGAAAAAUCUAAAUCUACUUGGCUUAAAUCGGCAAGCAAUGCAACCAAGAGUUUCAAAAAGAAGGUUUCAAGUCUUGGAAGUAGGAGCGGGCGGUUUAGUCGAACUGAAAGCGGUUUCUCUUCAGAUGGGUAUGGCUCAGACGGCAGUGGCCGCAGCAGCUCGAGACACAGCAGCAGAUCAAAUAAAUCGCCAUCUGGCAAAACUAAGAUAAAAAUGAAUGAGUCCAUAGAAAAGGCGGAGAACUCCAACAUGUAG